UCAUCCUUGAAAUUCUCAGCGAAGGACUGGAUCAUCGAAGUUCAUACAAGUAUACAAAUAUACAAAGUCUACUGCCGGUAUCUCGACGUUAAUCAGAAAGAAAUCAAACCAGCCGUGGAAUCAGUAGUGUUCCCAGAGUUCACGAUUUAUUGUUGUCGACGUAGCCGAGCUCAUUAUAUGAGCAUCACCACUACCAAAGAUGAAAAGAUCAAUCAAACACGACUCCACUCGUGCUUUAUUAGAGAAUAUGUAUGCUUAGUAUAUCCUAAAUAUACUUUGUCUCUGUGUGUGAAACCAAUGUAUGGAAAAGAGCCGAAAUUCGUGCUAUUCGCCGAGUACAUUGAACAUUAUAAACUGCAAGGAGUUCAACAUUUCUAUAUCUACGUAAAAGAUGUAGACAAAUAUACAGAAAAGCUUAUAAAACACUAUGUGAAAAGUGGUGAAGCUGAAGUAAUAUAUUUCCGAGAUAAGCAGGACAGGCCUGAAAUUGAAUGGCACCUUGACUGUAUCCAUCGAAGUCGACAUCACUCCAAGUACACCAUUUACGCCGACAUGGAUGAACGUAUUCUACCUACUGAUACGAGUACAACCCUUUCCACUUAUACAUCAUUUUAUCAGGAAAAGUUUCAGGGAGAAAAGACGGUCAAGGAACAUUUGCCAACGCUCGUCUACCACAAAACUGCGUCACCUGCACCUGUUGGUUACACAGCAAAAUGUAUUAUAGAUCCUAAAAAGGUUUUUCUAAUGUGGGUACACCAUGUGGCAAUUUAUUUCCCCGGAUACGAGGGCUAUGAAGUACCUAAAAGUGAAGGAAUAAUCAGGCAUUACCGUGAUAUCAUGAUGGGUGACUGGUACAAACAUUAUCUUCCUGGAGUGGAGAAGUUUGGACCGUUUACCGAAACAGACUAUCCUCCGACGCUUAUGAAACAACUUUAUGAGAAUGUAAAGACAAAACUCGACUUUGUAUAUAAACACGACUAA